AUGGUUGAGCUGUCAAUUGUUGUUUCAGAUUCCUCCAACUUAUGGACCAAUUGGGUGAAAGUUUAUUUACUAAGGAAUAAUUCUUUCUGGAAUGCUCCUCAUCCUGCCAUGUGUUCUUGGAAUUGGAGAAAAAUGCUUAAAAUUAGGGAGCUUUGUCGUUCUUUCUUUGCUAAUAUGAUUGGUGAUGGUCGUACUACUGCUUUGUGGUUUGAUAAUUGUCACCCUCUUGGUCCUCUUACUCUUAGAUGGUCAUCUAAUAUCAUUGCUGAUUCUGCUCUCUCUUCCUCUACCAUGGUCAGUGAUGUUAUUUAUAAUAAUAAUUGGAGAUGGCCUUCUUUCUCUCACGAUUUACUAGAGAUUCGUGUUUCAUUGACCCAAAUCAUUCCUAACUCUGAGGUUAGUGAUUAUGUUCGAUGGACUCUUUCUUCGAAUGAGGUUUAUUCAACUUCUUCUGCAUGGAAUGCUCUUCGUUUUUCUAGGCCUAUUGUUCCUUGGUAUCAUUUAGUCUGGUUUGGUAGUUCUGUUCCUAGAUGGAGCUUCAUCUUAUGGCUUGCUAUUAGAGGAAGGUUAUCAACUAUGUAUCGUGUAAGAAUUUUUCCUCCUCUUGCUGCCCAUGACUGUGCUUUUUGUUUUGCUGCUGAUGAGACUCACAACCAUCUUUUCUUUGAUUGUGUUUAUACCUCUGGCAUUUGGACUCACAUUUUGUCUAAAUGUGAUGUGAGUAAUCCUCUCCUCUCUUGGCAGCAUUUCAUUCCUUGGGCUGCUGCUAACUGGAAGGGUAAUUCUUUAUCUGUUGCUAUCAAAAAGUUGGCUUUGCAAGCUGCGGUUUAUGCUAUCUGGCGCGAGAGAAAUAACCGCAAGUUCCGUAACGAAAGCCUCCCUUCUGUUGUUGUGUUCAAAGCAAUUGUGGAGUCCAUGCGGUUAUGCUUAUUGUCUUGGAAGAUUCCUCCUUCUCCUUCUAACAGUUAUAUUAUUCAUGAAUGGAGACUCCCUUCUUAA